AUGAAGCAUGUGAGGGAGGGUAGACAAAGCCGAAUGAAUGGCUUCAUUUUCACCCAAUUGCAACGUCAAUAUAUCUUCGGUGCAAUAUCCGGAGAGGUACAUGGGCAUGAAAUGGCAUGGUACUGUCGGGGAAUGAGAGAGGGUUCCGUUUCCUCGGGAAAUUUUGGAAAAGACGAGACAAGAGAUACGAGUAGACGAACAAUACAUCGUUACAUGUGA